CCAUGACGACAGCUGGCCUCCUAGCUCCCUCCAGACCUUCUCCUCCUCCAGGUCCAGGCUCCAGCUUGAUCCUCUAGUGUGGCGCAGUCAGGCUACCGGACCACCAAACUGCGUGCUCCGGCCUCCGGGGACCGGGAGAGAGAGGAGAGGUCAGAGGAGUGGGGGAGCGCAGCAGGAUGAGCGGGGAGGAGGCCGACGGCUCCAAGCCCCACCAGGGAGGCGUAUACGGCACCUUCCAGGGACCGCCCAGCUACCCGCCCCCGCGCCCGCCGCCCGUCGGCUUUCCACAGCCCGCCCCGCCGCCGGGCCUCUCCGCCUACCACCGCGGCGGCUACCAGGCCGUUUCCGCUCGAGAUUAUGAAGCAGGUGUGCGAGGACAUAGCCAUGAUCGACUUCCCUGUUGUGGCAUUGGUUUUGGCUGGUUCCUGUUCAUAUUCGGUUUCUUCCUUGGUGCCAUUCCCUGGUACAUUGGAGCCCUUCUGCUAUGGUGUUCCAGAGUUGAUUACAGGGAGAAACCAGGCUAUGUCGCAUGCACAGUAGCGGCUAUCCUCGCUACAAUUGCUGUUAUCAUUGGGGCGGCAGCUGGAACUCAUGUUUUUUUAUUUUAGCUUACAUCGUCUUGUCAUUGUACAUAACGUACAUAUUAUCCAUGCGUCAGAUAAUUCACGCAAUCAGCAUUGUAAUGGACAUUUGUUCUGCAUUCGCAAUCAUUCAUGUUUAUAACAAGGAGAACAGAGACCUUGCUCCUGGCCAUAAAUAAAUCAGACCGAGAUGACUC